CCGAUCUACAACCCACUGCGCCGAGGCCCCGCUAGCGACGAGAGUAUAUUGAAUUGAUUGUCGGGAUAUCGCACAAGGGCAGCGUGAUUAUAUAUUUAUUUCGUGUCGUUAUGGGUCACCUUUCUUAUCCUCCAUCUCGUCCUAAUGAUAAAGCAAACGGAUGCCAGCACUGGCCUCCACUGAUAGUUCAGAAUUUACGUGGGGUCGGUGGUCUGGGAGCAAGUUAUACGCCCUCGAGGUCAUUCAGAAUCCGCUAAGAGCUCGAAUGUGUGGUUUUGGUGACAAGGAUCGACGACCGUUAGCACCAGCAGCAGUGGUGAAGAUGGUGGUCAAGCGAGAUGACGAUAGUACUGUUGACGUCGACGAUAUAGAUUGUUCCUUCUUCCUCGUGACAGUCGACCUCUGGUCUGGGGACGGGAAACAAGAGACGAACUUGGUCCUACACCCCUCCUUGGCCGAACGAUACGUCCAGCAGACCAAGCGGCGCACAUCUAGAAGCGGACAGCCGCCCAACCCGACUCGAACACCCACGCCGCCGCCUACUAUGACCACCGACCUCGUAUAUCUGGAGCCUGCCCCACCACCUCCCCAGCAACCUCCCCAGUCUUUUGGCCAAGAAUGGCAAGUGAAACCCGACAACUCCGAAGGGCCUGAAUGGACUGCGGACAAUCUCAAUUCGCUACCAAAUCCAAGUUCUAGUCCAUCGGAAAAUGUAUACUAUGAACUUCCCACCCCCGUUUCCCCUUCCCCGUCUAUGUCCAAAGAAAAACUGUCCCGAUCCACUGAUCUCUCCAUCCCGCCCCUCCCCCGACAUACCUAUACUCGUACUCUUAUCGGUCCGCUCUCUGCCAAUGCAACCCGUCUCAUUGAUGGGCACCGCAAGCCAGGGAUAUUCUUCCUCUUCCAGGACCUGUCCGUUCGCACUGAGGGUACCUUUCGCCUGCGCCUCAGGCUGAUGAACGUAGGUGCUCCCCCCGCGCCUGAAGCGGGGGCCUCAACGGUGCAUAUGGGCAUGUCGCCUGUGCUGGCGCAGACGUUCACGGAGCCCUUUACGGUGUUUUCGGCAAAGAGGUUCCCUGGUGUUCCGGAUACGACAGUGCUGUCUGUUGCCCUUGCGAAUCAGGGACAAAAGCUCCCGCUGCGAAAUCGCCAUCGGUCGAGUACGCGUCGGCGUAAUUCUGCUUCAGAGGAUUCAGAUGUGGAGUAGGACUGGGUGGAGUUACGGAUCCUUUUUAUUCGUGUUUACUGCACUUUUUUUGUAUCGGAAGAAUGUAAUAUGGUCCUUUUAUACUAAUUGGUGCAAAGGUUGGAUGGAGGUUUGUUAGCUAUUUAUCUUAUAACAUGAUUUAAC